AUGGCGGAGCUCACAAUCACGAAGCUCAACGCGGAGUCGCAUCUGCUGCUCGAGCAACCUCUCCUCCGCAUGCCAUACGAACUCUCGCGACGAAACUUCAAAAACGCCCAGCGAUUGAUCGAGCACUCGAGCACCAACAUGUCCACCUCGCUGGACGGUGCUAAGAAAGCCGCCGCAAAGUCCUCCUCAACAACGCAGACCCUCGACUCACUCGACUCGAUGAUCGCCAAAAUGCAAGGUCUGAAGCGGAAGCUAGAGGGUCUCCACGAGGAGGAAACGCGUAUACAUAAAUCCGCCAAAGCACGUCUGCAACACCUACAGGACCUCUACGAAGUCAAGUCUCUCGCAGAUGUCAAAUAUGAGGAGUGGAGUCGCACACGGCUUUCGCGCCUGCUGGUGGAUUAUCUGCUGAGGGAGGGGUACUCGGAUUCUGCUGCGCAUUUGGCGCAGAGUAAAGGCAUCACGGAGUUGGUGGAUGUUGAUGCUUUUGUGGCGUGUCAGAAGAUCGAGAGGAGUUUGAGGGAGGGCAGGACGGGAGAGGCGCUCGACUGGUGUAAAGAGCAUGGGAAGGAGCUGAAGAAGGUGGGUGGGGUGUUGGAGUUUGAGUUGAGGUUGCAACAGUAUGUCGAGUUGGUGAGGCAGGGACACGAGGCGGGGAUGAGUAGCAUGGAUAGUGACGAUAUGGAUGGGGUCAGUAUUGGGGGUGGGGGAGGGGAGACAAAGCUGGUUGAGGCCAGGGCGCAUGCGAAGAAAUACCUAAGUGGGAGUGGGGAUUAUGCGUUACUAGGGAGGGCGGCGGGGUUGCUGGCGUACAAGCCGUGGGAUGAGGUGGAGCCUUAUGCGUCCCUCUACUCGCCCUCGCGCUGGACCCAUCUAGCCUCGCUCUUCGUUAGCACCCACCAUGGCCUGUACUCGCUCCCACCGCGACCACUACUCCACAUCGCCCUCAGCGCUGGUCUGUCUGCUCUCAAAACACCCGCGUGCCAUUCCGCCUUCACGCCUUCGUCUACCAACGCCUCCCCUUCAACCACAACCGUCUGCCCAAUCUGCAGUACCGAGCUCAACGAAUUGGCACGCAAUGUGCCCUAUGCAUUGCACACUACCAGCCUUGUUGAAAAUGACCCCGUGGUUUUGCCAAACGGGCGAAUAUACGGGAGCGAGCGUCUGAGGCUGUUCAAUGAGAAGGCCGGGACCGAGAAGGGGUGGAUUUACGAUCCAGUUGAAGGGACUGCGGGGGAGAAGUGGAAAGAGAGCGAAGUGCGGAAGGUGUAUAUCAUGUAA